CUAAUCUACCAGCCUCCCACCCCGGGGUUACCAUUUCUGAAGGCCCCCGCCUUCGGGCACCGCCCUGUCUGACCUGAGAGCCCCGCCCCCUAGGCUAAUGAGCCCAGAACCCCUCCGGGUGCCUUCUCGAGGCCUGCGAAGUCCCGCCCCCCUAUGCUAAUACCUCCUCUCCCACAAGGCAGCGCGCGGGGCGGACGCGGCUCUUUGUGCGGGCCGGGGGCUGCACCCGGGCACCAUGAGCGGCUCGGGCGGGGCGGGGGCGCCUGCGGGCCCUGCGCCUCCCGCGCAGGAGGAGGGCAUGACGUGGUGGUACCGCUGGCUCUGCCGCCUUUCGGGCGUGUUGGGGGCCGUCUCCUGCCGGGUGGAUGCGGAUACAGUGUCCGAGGUCAGCUACUCUGCGAUCCAGCUCUGAGGUUCAGAAGUGGCCCUGCUCUUCUCCGAGUGGCAGCUACAUCCGAUGAUGGAAGGACAUCCAGGGGCCAUGGGCAGCUUUCCCGCUCACAUCUGCCGUCUCUCUACUUUCCAGCCUGUGCUAUCUCCGGCCUCUUCAACUGCAUAACUAUCUACCCCCUGAACAUCGCGGCUGGUGUGUGGAUGAUCAUGAAUGCCUUCAUCCUGUUGCUGUGCGAGGCGCCCUUCUGCUGCCAGUUCAUGGAGUUUGCAAAUGUGGUGGCCGAGAGAGUGGACCAGCUGCGCUCCUGGCAGAAGGCCAUCUUCUACUGCGGGAUGGCCGUCGUCCCCAUCAUCAUGAGCCUGACGAUGGCCACGUUGCUGGGCAAUGCGAUCGCCUUUGCCACCGGGGUGCUGUAUGGACUCUCUGCUCUGGGCAAAAAGGGAGAUGCCAUCUCCUACGCCCGGAUCCAGCAGCAGAAGCAGCAGGCAGAUGAGAAGCUGGCAGAGACCGUGGAGGGGGACCUGUGACAUGGGUCACCACCCUCCCUCCCUGCCCGCCACGUGGCUCUGGGGAAGCUUGUCCAGAGGAGGCAGAGCCAUGACCUGGGAGAUGAGGUCCCAUGCGUGUCCCUGUCUCAGGUCCUCUGCCUGCCCUGUUUCCCAGACCGGCCGGACCUGUGUCCUGACCCUGCUGGUGCUGAGGGCCCCAGCAUACACAGAUGGCCCCAGUGCAGUGCUGCUGGCUGGCUCAGCAAAUGGCUUGGGAGCAGCUUGUUCAGGACACUUGGGGUCUCCCUGCCCCAGCCUUUGGGCCUGAGCAUGGAGCAGAGGGAGCAUCCCAGCUCCCCUGGCAGGUGGGGUCCCAGGCCUGCCCUGUUCGCCUGUCCUCAAGGCAGGGAGUGGAGCAGUGUCCUAAGUCCCCACUACUGGGGAGCUGGUUGGUCCUCUAGGGGCCCCCGUGCACACCUGCCUGGGUUUGCAUGCCGGAGAGCACCCCCUAACCAGUGCCCUGGCAGGUUGGACACCCAGCUGCCCCACCUCCUACAGGCCUCAUCCUCAGGCACCGCCCUGCUCUGCCUUGGGCUUAGUGCUAAAGAAGUGGAGUGAGACACCCAUGGGAGCUGGGGGUACCUCCCAUGGGGUCCUGCCCUGUGUUGGCUGCUGUCCACCAGCAGGGCUGAGGUGGCCACUUCAGGUUUGCCUGCUUCCUGACAUGGAGGGCCAUUUCCUACAGGGGUCAGGUGCAGGGCCCCAGAGGCAACAGGUGUCCAGGAAGUGUUCCCUCCUGGAUGUGCCCUGUUGCAUCCUGUACUUCCUGCACUUGGCCGUCUCUCUCCAGCCCUGUAACUUGGCCUCAGUGACUGGUUAGAUUGGCCCUAGGUGGUUGAGCACAGGCCUGUGCCACUGUGACAUGCUCCCUGUGAGGCUGGCCCCGUCCCCCUAACCUCCAAACAAGGCCUGUUCUGAGCUCCAGAGCUCAUGGACCAGGUCGUGCUCCCUGGAAACCUGCUCGGGGUCUGUUUCCUGGGGAACACAGGCCUGUCAGCAUGGCCAAUUGUGUAUGUAUGUGCGCGCAUGCGCAUGUGUGAUGUCAUCCUGCUUCCAGGAGGAGCAAGGACCCUGCCUGCCCCUGCUGCCCACUUGUCCAGGUGCAGGACUCUGGGGUCACUUCUGUCCAUAACUCUCUGGCUGCAGCUGCAGAAAGAGGGGCUGGGCUCCUGCCCCCAGGGGACACUUGGUGGGGCUGAUCCUUCACCGCACUGCUGAGUGGCUCUCACAGGGCUGUCACCCAUGCUGGCUGGCCAGCAGCUGCGUCUGGGCACUGACUUCCCAUACCUCCCUUAGGCAGCUAGGUAUAUGUCUGAGCAGUAAAUUGAGGCUGUCAUUUGGCUGCUAUCUUCUGUGUCAUUUGGCUGUCACUCUAUCUUCUGUGUCCCCAAGAGUGGCAGGGACACCCCAGCCCAUGCUGCGGGGCAGAGCUCAGUGGCUAGCUCUGAGCCUGCUCACUGGAUGGUGACUCUCUGAAGGUCACAGCCAGAAGGAGCAGGGCUGACCCCUUCUCCAUGCCCAGUCCAGAGGGCCAUAGAGGCCUGUGGGCAGCGGGCCCCGCUGACCUUGGCUGGCUGUUGGGGAGGGGUUCCUCCAGAGUAGACCCACUCCUUCCUCCCUAGGGAUGCAGGUCCAAUUUCUUUAUUUUGAUAAAUACCAUCAGCAGUUUGCAGACAGGAGCCCCUGUCCCCCGAGAUUGGGCUGGAGCCAGAGUGACCUCAUGGGUUGCUGUGCCCUGGCCUCUGAAGUAUGUAGUGUUCCUAGUGAUGUCCAAGAGGCCCGAUAGUGGCUAAGUGACCAGGCCAGGACAACGGGACUGUGGGGCCAUUUUGCCAUCUCUGGCCCUGUUCUCAGUGUUUGACAUGGUACCUUGUACAUGAGCCAAGCAGGCCAGAGGUCACCCAGCAGGGCCCUGUCCCUGGGUACCUGUGUGCCCUCCUGUGGCCAACACAGCCUCCUCCCUGGUGAGUCUCGGCCUGUGUGUACAGCACCAUGGUAACAGUCUGCUGCCAGCUCCUGGUCACAGGUGCAGUGUGCAUGUGUCCUGGGCGCCUCCACCUAGCGCAGGAAGGACCUCCUCCCUGUGCGGAAGUAGGACUCGAUCUGCUCCAGCGUGCGGCCCUUGGUCUCUGGCACACAGCAGCCCGUGAACACCAGGCUCAGCAGGCAGAUGGCCGCGAAGAAGAAGAAAGGCACCUGCAGGCCGAAGGCGUUCUGGGGGUGUAGAGUGGGGAGCAGGGUCACAUGCAGAAACUCGCCCAUCCCCUGGGGCUCAGCUGGUACUGGCCUGCAGCUUGCCCUGUCCUGCUCUGAGACCUCUCCCUGCCUGCUGCUUCCAGUUGGCUCCUGGGCUUCCCCCAGGGCUGGCCACCAGGAUCCCUGACCACCUGUAGGCCAUGCUUUGCCCAGCUGCCGCAAACACAGCCUCAGUGUGUGCCUGCCCAGCCCAGCCCACCAAGGUACACAGGUGAGGCCUGGCCUGUGCUGCCCCAGAUUAGGCCUCCUGGGCUGUGGAGGUGGUGUCCAGACUCUGCUGUGCUCAGGCUGCUGGAGGUGGGGGCCAGGGCCCUCCGCAGAGCCCAGGGUUUUCCUGGGCUGGGAGGUGGCCCUGUUUCUUACAACUGAGGAGUCUUAGCUGUUGCUGUUGCUUGAUUGCCCUUGGCCUCUGUGUAAGGGGCACAUGCUAGACCCCCAGGGCCACCAUGAGAGGGAUAUCACUUAUCAAUGAAGGAUCCUGGCACCAAGCAGGGGCCCUGGCAGGCAAGAUGGGGCCUCAGGAUCCCCAGGAUGAGCAUGCACUUACCACCACGAGCAGGAAGGACUUGGUGAGGGCGAAGGCCGUGAGCCAGCUGACCAGCACACAGAGCCCUGAGGCCACCCCACGGGCACGCAGGGGCAGGAUCUCAGACAUGAGGAGCCAGGUGAUGGGCCCCCAGCCCAUAGCGUAGCCUGCAGUGCCAUGGGGGACACACACACCUUGUCUGCCUCAGCACGCUACAGAUAAGAGGCCCAGCCCUCCCCGAAGAUGGACAGGACAGCCCCUUGGGUGCCCAGCUGCCUACCCAUGAUGAAGAACAUUGUGGCCAGCAGAGGCACCAGGGUGAGGUAGCUGGUGGGUGUGGCCGGGGGCUGCUCCGUGCCCCCCAAGGGCAUGCUCUCCAGGCCCACAGUGUGGUUGGGGGCUGGAGUCUUCGGUCCAAGGUCCACAUACAAGCCCAGUGUCAGGUUGGCAGCAAACAUGAUGGUUGCUGUGGACACACAGUGACCCUUGGGGUCAAGACCCUUGGGCCCAUGCUGCCUGGAAGCCCCUGGGCCUUGGCUGGCCCAUGAUGAGGUGGGGACUCCAUGUGGGGCAGCAGGCUCAGGUUCUAACUAGGCUCAGGGCCCUGUCACCCUGUGGUGCCACAGCCAGCUCCGUAAUCCCGCAAGCACCACCUUGCUGGAGCUGCUGGCCCAUGACCAGCCUGAGCUAGGGUGACUGCACCCUGCUCAAGCCCACACGACAGCUGCUGUCAAGGGAGGACAAGGGUCAUAGCAGGGUGCUCACCUGACACGAAGAGCAGAACCUUGCGGCCAGCCAGGUCCAUAGUGAGGGCGGCGAUCAGCACGGACAGGAGCCUCACAGCCCCCACGAUGGCCGCGUCGUCCUCAGGUGGCUGUGGGGAGGGGGCUUCUGUGGCUGGCAGACCCAGCCUGUGGCCCCUGUCCCUGCUUCCACACCUGCCCUGCCCUCUAAGCACUGCGGGGCACUCUGAUCUGAAAUCAGGGCUGCAGGUUCUCGGAGGACCUGUAUGCCCAUCUGCUAUUGCCACCCUGAGCCCCACGGGCACAGAACUGGAUGCGGUUCCCAACUUCCUGUCUCAGCUCACACUGGACCAGAGGACGAGGCAGGCUGAGCUGUCUCCACUAUCAGAAGAGGUAGCUGGGUCCCAGGGAGCUGCUGCCUCAAAGGGUGUGACCCCAGGGCUCUGAGUUGGGGGCUGUGGUCCCCAAGGUCCACAUUCCUAUUAAAUUGGUUCCUAUUUAA